UCUAAAUCUAGCGGUAUCUCGUCCACUUAAAUAAUAUAUACUUCAUUCGGUCAUUUGGUUGAAGUUUAUUUAAGCAAUUAUUUGUCUAAGAUCCAUAAAAAUGGGAUUUUUUAGUGCAAAAUGUACAUCUUUAGCAAGAUUAGAUGGAAAGACUGCCAUUAUCACCGGUUGUAAUACUGGAAUAGGAAAAUGCACAGUGCAAGAUUUCUUUUCAAGAGGUGGACGUGUUGUAAUGGCCUGUAGAAAUUUGGAGAAGGCCAAUGAAGCAGCAGAGAGUAUCAAAGAGGACUGUAAAAACAAAGAAAAUUUGGGGGAAAUUGUCGUCACUGAAUUGGAUUUGUCGAGUUUCAAAUCAAUAAGGAAUUGUGCUAGACGUUUACUGAGCACAGAAAAAAGAAUUGAUGUAUUAGUAAAUAAUGCAGGUGUAAUGAUGUGUCCUGAAACUAAAACUGAAGACGGUUUCGAACUCCAGUUUGGAACAAACCAUUUGGGACAUUUUUUAUUAACUUUGUUACUUCUGCCUAAAAUUUGUCAAAGUACACCCGCUAGAAUCGUCAACGUUUCUUCCACGGGUCAUACAGGGUGUAAAAUGGAUUUCAAUGAUUUGAAUUGGGAAACAAGAAAAUAUAGUUCAUUUCAGGCCUAUAAACAAAGUAAAUUAGCAAAUGUUUUAUUUACUAAGGAACUCGCACGUAGACUUAAAGAAAAUAAUAUAACGGGAGUUAACGUAUAUAGUUUGCAUCCAGGAGUAAUCAAAACAGAGUUAGGACGCCAUGUAAGGCUUUCAAUCCCUUGGGGAUUACAUUGGUUAUUGAAUACCAUGUCUUUGUUUAUGAAAACUCCGGAACAAGGCGCACAAACCACAAUUUAUUGUGCUGUUGAUGAGAAAUGUGCUAAUGAAACUGGCUUGUAUUAUGCUGAGUGUGAAAGUAAAGAACCAUCUGCGGAAGCCAAAAAUGAAGAAGCCGCAAGGAAACUUUGGGACGUCAGUUUGAAGCUAGUUGGUUUAGAAGAUAAUUUUUUUAAUCUUCAGAAAUAAUUCUAAUUUAAACAUUAUAUUAUGUGUGUACUAGGUGUACCGUUUUAAUCGAAAGAGGCUAAUAUUUUGGAAACUAUUUAUACAAAAUAAAUAAUUCAAA